UUUAAUCCUUUCUCCCCCGCGUCGUCGUGGACUUUUGCAAGUGUCCAUGUUAAAUUCCUGGAGAGCGGCUACACACAAUCGUGCCUGCGCGGCGUACAAAGUCGGCAACUUGGGUGUUUCCUUCGUGAAAUCUGGGUUUUAUACGCAGCGCUGCCUAGCCUAGGAUCGACCGAGCUAGGGGAAUUUUGGUAAUCCAAUCGAUGGAAGAAUCACAGCAGCAAAGCAGCAAAUUCGAUGCUCCCCCAUCGCCCUAUGUCCCGUCGCGUGUCUACUUGGCCCAGAUCUACUGGAAGAAGCCCGCGAUUGUGGUGCUCCGGGUGCUCCAAUUCAUCUUCUCGCUCAUCGCAUUCUCGGUCAUGGCGGAUGUUCUUCACGACGUCCAAGGAUCAAUCAAAUCCUUGAGCUACACGGUGGCCAUCGGUGUUUUGGCAUGCGCGUACGCUUUGGCGCAGCUAAGUUUCUCGCUUUGGUGCGUGAUCCGCGGCGCCACGUCUUCGGCUGGGGUGACUCCGCUGUACCAAUACGCGACAUUCAUCUGCGACCAGAUGAGCACUUACUUCCUGAUCUCGGCCGCAUCCGCCACAGCCACACUGAUCGACGUUUCCGGGGUGUGCGGUUCGAACGGGUCCGGCACCAACCUGUGCUCAAGAUCCACUGCCUCCGUCACCUUUGCCUUCCUGGCGUUUCUCGCCUUCUCUGCCUCCUCGGUUCUCACAGGCUAUUAUCUCGUCAAAUGCAUCUUGAAAGCCUGAAAAAUCUGUUAAAACACAAAAAUCAAAAACCCAUUUUUUAUAUUUUUUUAAUUUUGCUAAGACUAGUUUUUGGAAGGAUACUGGAGGAUAAGAAAUCUGAUCUCGCACAGGAGCUUGCUGACGAUGAGAUAUACACUCACCAGCAUUUGCAAAA